GAGUGGUGAUCCGUAUAUAUAAUAAGAAUAAGUACUGGGUAAAACGAAGUAUUUUGUUGAGAUUUUAUCUUCCUGAUUCAUUCCUUCUUUCGUGUAGCGAGUUAAACCGAUAGCUGCACAUGAUGAAUAGGUCAAUGGAAACAGUUUUGGAUUUGUUGAAUUGGUUACUCGGGAAGUUGAAACAAAAGAUUAAGGGUAUUAGUCACGAUGCGGCCAGGGAAAUCGUAGACGAGCAGUAUUAUACUCCUCCGACUACUCCCCGGCGGCGGCGGCGGCGGAAAGAAUUGCAUCGUCAUGAACAACACCCCAGGCUAUUACUUCGAGAACACGAUGAUUCAAGGAAAGGCGUGCUGUACAGCAUCUCGGAAAGCCGUUCCUACAAGACCGAUCUAUCAGCAUUCGUGGAACACAAAUACCUCAUCGACACCAACGGCGGCGGGGGAGGAUGGUUGCUGGUGCACGAUUUGAAGAACAGCAAACACGUCUUCCUUCUCAACGUCUAUUCGCUCCAUAAGGUUCAACUCCCCAAAUUCGAUUCAUUCAUUGAUUUCGCCUGCCUUUCAUUAUCAUCACCAUCAUCCACUUCUACUCCCGGCGACGGCUUUGUUGCGGUGUAUAACAGAGAGUUGUCCACUGUCGGGAUUUGCGGUGUGGGUGACAACAACAGGUUCGUGGAAGGAAGGUUAGCCCAUUCGGGAGCGGGGCCAAUCUCAUCGUUGGUGAGCAUAGGCGGAAAUCUGUAUGGCCUAAGGGCUUCCAGUUUGGUAAGAAUUGUGGUUGAGGAGGGAAUUGCGAGACUUGAACUUGAAAGUAAAAUUCCUCAUCCCCUCCGCUUAACGUGCGGACGAACGGGUUAUACACGCUGCCAAGGCUUUCUGGCAGCAGAGAAUUGCGGCGGCGGCACCAGGGUCAUUGUGGUGGUCAAAGUUCGUCGUGGGCACGGCAGAGGAGGCUGGGGCUCUCCACAUCCCGUGGAGUGUAUCCGGGCCUUUACAUUUGAUUUCUGCACCAGAAAAUGGGCAGAACUGAAUAGCCUUGAUGGGCGUACCCUUCUCUUGGGCUGCCUUUCCUCCCUCCACAUAUGCUCUGAUGUCCCCAAUCUACGAAGAAACUGCAUUUAUUUUGUUGAACACGGAGAAAAGGAUCUCUACGUCUUUGAUAUGGAAGAUAAACUCAUCACUCCCCAUCUCCCUUACUCUGGGGACGACAUCCGAACCAACCUCUUGUGCCCAACUUGGCUUUUCUAAUCAAAGCCUGGUUCAUUAUUAAUUCUGUAUGUUUAAUGCUAUCCUUAUUCCUUUAUUCUUUCUUUCUUUACACACAUGUCUCUUCUUUUCUAAAGCACAACUUGAUGUGAACUCAAGUUAUUGUAAGAGAUAAUUACCUUAGAUAUGACUAAAACUCAAAACAGCGGCCUAUGGCCGCUCUACAGCUCUACUCUUUUCCAUUAUUAAUGUGUAUCUUAUUGUACUCUCA